AGUAAGAAAAUAGAAAAAGAAAAAGAAAAAGGCCGUUCCCAUUGUUCUUGAAUCUUGAUCUUGCAAGGGUUGGGUUGAUAUUGCAACAGAAGAAAAUUCCUCAUUUUUCCUUUUGGAUUUCUGGAUUUCUUCCCUUUUUUUUUACCAAUUGCGCAUUUCUCCAAAAUUACGGACUGUUUCCCGUUAAAAUUGCCGUAUUCAAAUAAAAAAAUCGGAAAAGAUGACAAUGGGAGAGCUUCUCCGCAUUCAGCCUUCAGAGCUCAAAUUCCCAUUUGAGGUGAGGAAGCAGAGUUCAUGUGCUAUGCAGUUGGCUAAUAAGACAGAUCAGUAUGUUGCAUUUAAGGUUAAGACAACCAAUCCAAAGAGGUAUUGUGUUCGGCCGAAUGUUGGCGUUGUUUUGCCCUAUUCUGUGGGCAAUAUCACAGUCACUAUGCAAGCACACAAGGAGGCUCCCUCUGAUAUGCAAUGCAGGGAUAAGUUUCUGGUUCAGAGUGUCAUUGUUCCAUAUGGCACAACGAACAAGGAUAUAAACCAGGAAAUGUUCAACAGGGAGAGUGAGAAGUUUGUGGAUGAGUUCAAAUUAAGGGUCAUUUACAUUCCUGCCAACCCUCCAUCCCCAGUAGCUGAAGAAGACGAAGAAGGGAGUUCGCCUGGAACAUCUUCAGCCGAGGGUGAAAUUAGGAAAUCUUCAUUUUCUGAACUUGAACAGUCUGCUGUCUUAAAGUUGAAAGAUGAGAAAGAUUCUGUCGAUGUAGAAAAUGAUAAGCUCCUCGAAGAAUUGGAGUUCAUGAGGAAACAAACUGGACAAGGGAGAAUUGGAUCCAUUUUUGUGCUUUUAGUUGGCCUUGUCCUCGGAAUAUUGAUCGGAUACUUUCUCAAUAUAGAAGUGCCUACAUAGCAGUAACAUCCGGUUUGUGAUCCGAUGUCAUAAAUUUACUCAUCAGAAUCUUGUUCAAUCUUGUCCCUAGUAGAGACUUUAGGUUAUACUAUUAAUUACUUUUUCGCGGGAAGAUUGUAGGAAAUUUUGGAAUAUGAUUCUUUCAGAAACAUGAACAUACAAAAUGUCUUAGUUCUUAACCUCACCUUAAUAGAAUAGGUGAAGGCGUUAAGAUUUGCCUUUUUAAGAUCAGUUUCUCCUCCCUA